GCGUUUCGAUUAACUGUUAGAAUUAAAUAAAAUUAAUAAAAUUAAAAUUAAUAUCCCACGUCACUGGUUUAAGUAAAAUUACUAUCUUCUCUCUCAGAGCUCAUCUCGUCGGAGAGAUUGUUCCGGUGAGAAAAUGUUUCUCCUCCGGCGUUAUACCGGCGGAAGCCUUUACUCGAUCUUCACUAUCAGAGCCUCUAUUGAAUCUAGUAUGCGCCAUUUCAACAGUCUUGAGCCUUUGCAAAGCUCUGAUUCGACUUCAACCAAAGGUGAUUACUUCGCAGCGAUCAACCACGUUGUCAACAUCGUCCGCCGCGAGAUUCAUCCGGAGAGAUCGUUGAACAGUCUCCGUCUCCCUGUAACAUCCGAGUUCGUUUUCAGAGUCCUCCGCGCCACCUCUCGUUCCGCCAACGAUUCUCUCCGGUUCUUCAAUUGGGCUCGAUCAAACCCUAGCUACACACCAACGUCUAUGGAAUACGAACAGCUUGCUAAAUCUUUAGCUUCACAUAAAAAAUAUGAAUCGAUGUGGAAAAUACUCAAACAAAUGAAGGACCUGUCUCUCGACAUCUCCGGUGAGACUCUCUGCUUCAUCAUUGAGCAGUACGGUAAGAACGGCCAUGUAGAUCAAGCUGUGGAGCUCUUCAAUGGUGUCCCGAAGACACUCGGAUGUCAACAAACCGUUGAUGUUUACAAUUCGUUGCUCCAUGCGCUUUGUGAUGUGAAGAUGUUCCAUGGCGCUUAUGCUUUGAUCCGGCGAAUGAUAAGGAAAGGUCUCAAGCCAGAUAAGCGAACAUAUGCUAUCUUGGUCAACGGAUGGUGUUCCGCGGGGAAAAUGAAGGAGGCUCAAGAGUUUCUUGAUGAGAUGAGUAGGAAAGGGUUUAAUCCACCGGCUCGUGGGCGUGAUUUGCUUAUUGAAGGAUUGUUAAAUGCUGGUUACUUGGAAUCUGCUAAAGAGAUGGUGAGUAAGAUGACUAAAGGAGGAUUUGUUCCUGAUAUUCAAACUUUUAAUACUCUGAUUGAAGCUAUAUCUAAAUCAGGGGAAGUUGAAUUUUGCAUUGAGAUGUAUUAUACAGCUUGCAAGUUAGGUCUCUGUGUAGAUAUCGAUACUUACAAGACACUUAUACCUGCUGUUUCAAAGAUUGGAAAGAUUGAUGAGGCGUUUCGGUUGUUGAACAAUUGUGUGGAAGAUGGGCAUAAGCCAUUUCCGAGUUUGUAUGCUCCGAUAGUUAAGGGAAUGUGUAGGAAUGGGAUGUUUGAUGAUGCCUUUAGCUUUUUCAGUGACAUGAAGGUGAAGGCUCAUCCGCCUAACAGGCCGGUUUACACUAUGCUGAUUACAAUGUGUGGUCGUGGUGGGAAGUUUGUGGAUGCAGCUAAUUACUUGGUUGAGAUGACAGAGAUGGGUUUGGUUCCGAUAUCACGGUGCUUUGAUAUGGUUACUGAUGGGUUGAAGAAUAGCGGGAAGCAUGAUUUGGCUAUGCGAAUAGAGCAGUUGGAAGUUCAGCUUAGAGGAGUUUGAUUUUGCAAAACUUAGAAAGGCUUUUAAUGUCUUUCCUUAGUCCUUAGCUCAGAUACUUAAGAGCUGGGUUUCUAUAGCAAAUUCAGCUGCUUUUCCAUUGAUCUACCCUAGUUCAGUUCAGUGAUGACAGCUGAAUUGUAUCUUGUAGUCAAAGCUUGUAUAACUGUUGGUUAGGUUAUACUUGGAUUCGAAUUUAGUUUGUCUCCGGAUUAUUGUAGUUUCAAUCCAGGGAAAGAAGCGAGAAAGUAAUUACGUUUUGUUGUAAUGUUGUUUUAGAUCUAUCUGUCAGAUCAUUACCACAUAUUGUUCUCUUUGGAAACAAUGAAACACUCAGAUAACACAAGCUCUGGUGUUAAUAAUAUAUUGAUUCGGCUGUUCCACAGAUUUUACACA